CGGGUCAAAGGUCACGCGACAUGUGUUUCGCACAGAGUGCACAACUUGCAUCAUCUGCUUGGAGCUGGAGGAACGGAACGUGUCAGAUUUCACAUGUUUUAGCUGGAUUCGUCGUGUUUGUCGUGUCCAUCGCUAUUUCUUGAGAUCUGUGAGGUGAAAUAACAGUCAUAAAAAUGUCGGAUAUUGUUACCAAGUACACUGAACGUGCUGUCCAACAGGAAGCAGAGAUUGCACAGUUGAAACAAGAAAUUCUCCAACUUCAGAAUGGAGAGAUAAACGACGGCAAUGAUUCCUCAUCACCAGAGCUGGAUAAACUCAGGACUGAGAACCAGAAGCUCAAGUAUCGUCUGGCACACCUACUGAGGAGUAUUGAGGAGGAGGAGAAGCAAUCCACUAGGAUCACCGGAACUGACACGGUGAUGACAGAUAUCAGCCAGCAGCUACAGGGCAUCUUUGCCUUCGCCAUCAUGUCGGCAUUCCCGGAUCUGGCUAAUCCAACCAUGGCUGUGGAGGCCAGCAAGAACGACCGCUUUGGUGACUACCAGUGCAACAGCGCUAUGGCUAUUGCACAGCAACUCCGAGCAGUUGGAAGGAAGAUCUCACCUAAUGAAAUUGCCCAAGCCAUUGUCAAGAAUAUGCCAUCAAACAAGAUCAUAGAGAAGGUUGAGAUAGCCGGCCCAGGUUUCAUCAACGUCCACAUCCAGCGUCCCUUCAUCUCCGCGGUCAUCAGUGAUAUCUUGACCAAGGGGGUCCGGCCUCCCAAGAUUGACCGCAAGAAGAAGGUGGUCAUCGAUAUGUCCUCACCUAACAUUGCGAAGGAGAUGCACGUGGGUCAUCUGCGGUCCACCAUCAUCGGCGAGAGCAUCACCAGACUCUUACAAUUUGCAGGUCAUGAUGUUCAGAAGGUCUGUCAUCUUGGUGACUGGGGGACCCAGUUUGGUAUGCUCAUUGCUCACCUGCAGGAUCGCUUCCCUGACUACCUGACGAAAUCCCCGCCCAUCUCAGACUUACAGGCCUUCUACAAGGAAUCCAAAGUUCGCUUUGAUGAGGACGCCGAGUUCAAGAAGCGUGCUUACUCGUUGGUUGUCCAGCUGCAAGCCAAGGAACCUGAUAUCCACAAAGCAUGGCAGUUAAUCUGUGACAUCUCAUACAGAGCAUUUGAGGACAUCUAUGAGCGUCUGGACAUUAAGGAUCUGAUCCCUCGCGGGGAAUCCUUCUACCAAGACUUGAUGGUGGAAACAGUCCAGGACUUGGAAAGCAGAGGCUUUCUGGAACUGGACGAGGGCCGCAAGAUAAUGUUCACAGACAGCAGUAAGGUGCCUUUGACAAUUGUCAAGUCAGACGGAGGGUUCACGUACGAUACGUCAGACAUGGCCUGCAUCAGGUAUCGAGUCUUUGUGGACAAGGCUGACUGGAUACUCUAUGUUGUUGAUGCCGGACAGAGUGUACAUCUAGAGAAUAUCUACGCAGGCGGCCGUAUAGUAGGAUGGUACGACCCAGCUAGAGUGCGGGUGGAACACAUCAAGUUUGGAGUCGUCUUAGGAGAAGACAAGAAGAAGUUCAAGACUCGAUCAGGUGACACGGUACGGCUCGCCGAACUAUUGGAUGAGGGAAUGAGACGAUCGUUGGACAAACUGAAGGAGAAAGAGAGAGACAAGGUCUUGACAGCUGAGGAGUUGUCAGCAGCCCAACGGUCUGUGGCCUAUGGUUGUAUCAAGUAUGCUGAUCUGUGUCACAAUCGCGUCAAUGACUACGUCUUCUCAUUCGACAAGAUGCUGGACGAUAAAGGAAACACAGCUGUGUAUCUUCUCUAUGCAUACACCAGAAUCAAGUCCAUCGCUCGCUUGGCCAAAGUCGACGAUGCAGCCGUGCUGCAAGCGGCAGGCUCUACACCCAUCGACGUGAUCCACGCAAAGGAGUGGAAGCUAGCCAAGUGCCUGUCGCGUUUUCCCGAGAUCGUCUCGCGCAUCCUGAACGACUUGCUCAUGCACACGCUCUGCGAGUACCUGUACGAGUUGACCACGACGUUCACCGAGUUCUACGAUGCCUGCUACUGCGUUGAGAAGGACAGGCAGACUGGUGUGAUUGUGAAAGUCAACAUGAGUCGGAUUCUUCUAUGUGAAGCUGCAGCGGCAGUCAUGGCUAAGGGGUUCCACAUCCUGGGAUUAGAUCCAGUCAAUCGGAUGUAGCUAAAAGCUUGGACAAGGUUCACAUUCUGGCGAGGGUCCUGCCCGCCAAGAUCCUUUCUGUUGGAUGUUAUCAACUAAUGAACUAGGUUCAAAACCUGGUGGUUCGAAUUCAAACUCUGGGGAUACAUCUUGUCAUUAGAA